AUGGAGGCAAACAAGACGCAGGUGACUGAGUUUGUUCUCAUAGGACUUACAGAUCGUCCAGGACUGCAGGUCCCCCUGUUCCUGGUGUUCUUGGUCAUCUACCUCACCACCAUGGUGGGCAACCUGGCACUGAUUUUUCUCAUCUGGAAGGACCCCCAUCUUCACACACCCAUGUACUUAUUCCUUGGCAGUUUGGCCCUCGCAGAUGCUUGUUCCUCAUCUUCUGUGACUCCCAAGAUGCUAAUGAAAUUUUUAUCUAAGAAUCAUAUGAUAUCCCACUUUGAGUGCAUCACCCAAUUUUAUAUUUUUGCUUCCAGUGCCACCACAGAGUGUUUCCUCCUGGUAGUGAUGGCCUACGACCGUUACGUAGCCAUAUGCAACCCUUUGCAUUAUCCAGUGGUGAUGUCCAACAGGCUCUGUGCUUGGUUGAUAAGUUUGUCUUAUGUAAUUGGUUUUCUGCAUCCCACAAUUCAUGUAGGAUUAUUAUUUAGAUUAACUUUCUGCAGGUCCAAUAUAAUACAUCACUUCUACUGUGAAAUCUUGCCACUAUAUACAAUUUCUUGCACUGACCCAUCUAUUAAUGCAUUGGUGCUUUUUAUUUUUGCUGCUUUUAUACAGGCUUUUACUUUUAUGACCAUCAUAGUGUCAUAUACCCGGGUCCUCUUUGCCAUCCUGAAAAAGAAGUCUGAAAAGGGCAGGAGCAAAGCCUUCUCCACGUGCAGCGCCCACCUGCUCUCUGUCUCCUUGUUCUAUGGCACCCUCUUCUUCAUGUAUGUGCGUCCUGGGUCUGGCCCAGAUCAAUAUCAGGAUAAAAUGUAUUCACUGUUCUAUAUGAUCAUCAUCCCCCUGCUAAACCCCUUUAUUUAUAGCCUAAGAAACAAGGAAGUUUUAGGUGCACUGAGAAAAAUUACAAAGAAAUAA